UCUCCGGAAUGCUGUGAGUUUUCCGCCCAUUGGCAACACUGGACGCGAAGUCUGACGUAUCGGACGCUGACGAAACGUUAGCGAAUAUCUUGGGAGGGGAGAGGGGAUCAAAACAAACAGUCACAGCGUCACAGCUCACAGCCACAGCCCCUCCAUGCCACAGCCUUUGCUUAUAACUCGCAGUGGGUCAUUCUGCCGGCGGGAAAAUAAACGCGAACGGUUUGAGGUUUGAAAUCCAUGUAUUUUCGCGUAUCGCUUUUGGAGAGAACUUACCAGUGGCGUGCGCAUCUAAAAUAGUUAUUCGUUGUGUUUUCGUUCGUAGUUAUACUAAGAUUAUAUUUUGUAUCAUUGUUUGCUCUUUAUUUCUUGCGUUGCGUUCUAUGAAAUUCUUAUGUCUAAAAAAACGUCAGGCCAAGUUUGUGCAGCUACAAACUGCUACAAUAAAAGGUACAAUUGCGAUAAGAGUUUUUUUAGCUUUCCUAAGCGACCUGAUAGGGCAAGGUUAUGGGCAAUGCAAUGCAAUAGAGAAGAAUUCUUAGAGAAUCUACAAAAUCUGCAUAAAAGUUACAGGCUAUGUGCAGACCAUUUUGAACAAAAAAUGUUCACAAAUCAUCUUUGUGAACGUUUAUGUGCAAAUGCAUUCCCAACCUUAUUUCCGCCGCUAGAAAGAAGAGCAACAGACAUUGCUGGUGAUCAUUCAUAUUCUAGACAACAAAACUAUCCUAGACCAUUACUAGUUCCUGAGAGAAUAGACCUAGCCCAAGCUGGCUUAGGUAAUCAAUGUAAUAUGAUCGAUAGUACGAGUAGAAUUCCAUCCACCCAAACAUCAGUCGGUUUGAGUUAUAAUUCAUCACAGAUAUAUGGGCUAAAUUUAAAUACAUUGACAGAAGAACGAGUGCAGGUAAAUCUAAACUAUGAUCCGAUGGCCUCUACUAGUUCUGAAAAUUACCAUUACAAUUUUACCGACGAAUUUAAAGUUAAAAAUGAGGUGAAAGAUGUUGAGGUAAAUCUAAACUAUGAUCCGAUGGUCUCUACUAGUUCUGAAAAUUGUCAUUCCAAUUUUACCGAGGAAUUCAAAGUUAAAAAUGAAGUGAAAGAUGAUGUUGAGGCAAGUUCCAGUUAUCAUAACUUUACUGAGGCAUAUCAAAUCAAAAAGGAAGAAAUUUGUGAGGUGAAUGUAAAAAUGGAACCCAUUGAAACAGAAGAAAAUUUUUGCAACAUUCCAGUUCUUGAAGAAUCUAAAAUCAAACGUGAAUUAGAUGCCGACGAGAUUAGCCCGCCUGUUAAUUUAAAACGUGUUAAACUGGAAAAUGGAAUUGAAAUAAAACAAGAAAAUCUACAAGAUCUUCACGAGAGUAAUGUUUUUGUUAAAAUUGAAAAUGAAGAGAUACAAAUUAAAGAAGAAAAUUUACAGUGAUAAAGAACAAGAAUCCAAGAAUAAUUGAGGUGGAUAAUUAGGCCCUGUUUAUUAGGACAUGUGAUGUGAUAUGCUAAAAUGGCAAAUAAACUGGGAUAAAAGAAAAACAAAAAUAUAUAAAUUUUUGUCGGAUAAAAAGAUUACACAUUCGCCUUAUUUGACACUUUUUGGCUUUUCUCUAAAGCUAAAGAUGACUGAAAAAGCUGUAAUUAAAAAUAUUCACAUUAUUGCAAGUAAAAGUAUUUAUCAGUUUUAGAGAUGAAUUUAAUUCACGAAAUAAAUGUAAUCCAUUUUUAAUUCCGUUAUAAAUCUUUUUAAACUUGUUUAUUCUGAUUUAUCUGAUCAAUUUUAUAUUUUGCUUAUGAAAUUACAUGCCAUUAUUAUUAUUUUUUUAAUGUCAACAUUAAUUUAUUUUUUAUAUGUAUAAUUUUUUAUCACAAUUGAUAUUUGUAAUUAUGAAAUACAAAGAG